GAGAAUCCCCUAGCGCCGCGGCGUCCUCCAGCUCCUCCUCCUCGCGGCCGCCGGAGCCCCAGCCCGAGCGCUAGCCGGCUCCACCUCGCCCCCAGCCAUGGCUUUAGCCAAUUUCCGCCGCAUCCUGCGACUGUCUACCUUCGAGAAGAGAAAGUCCCGCGAAUAUGAACACGUCCGCCGGGACGUGGACCCCAACGAGGUGUGGGAGAUCGUGGGCGAGCUGGGCGACGGUGCCUUCGGCAAGGUUUACAAGGCCAAGAACAAGGAGACGGGUGACUUGGCCGCCGCCAAAGUGAUUGAGACCAAGAGUGAGGAGGAGCUAGAGGACUACAUCGUGGAGAUCGAGAUCCUGGCCACCUGCGACCACCCCUACAUUGUGAAGCUCCUGGGAGCCUACUACUAUGACGGGAAGCUGUGGAUCAUGAUCGAGUUCUGUCCAGGGGGAGCUGUGGAUGCCAUCAUGCUGGAGCUGGACAGAGGCCUCACCGAGCCGCAGAUUCAGGUGGUUUGCCGCCAGAUGCUGGAAGCCCUCACCUUCCUGCACGGCAAGAGGAUCAUCCACCGGGACCUGAAAGCCGGCAACGUGCUGAUGACCCUGGAGGGGGACAUCAGGCUGGCUGACUUUGGUGUGUCUGCCAAGAAUCUGAAAACUCUGCAGAAACGAGAUUCCUUCAUAGGAACGCCUUACUGGAUGGCCCCCGAGGUGGUGAUGUGUGAGACCAUGAAGGACACGCCGUAUGACUACAAAGCCGACAUCUGGUCCCUGGGCAUCACCCUGAUUGAGAUGGCCCAGAUCGAGCCCCCGCACCACGAGCUCAACCCCAUGCGCGUCCUGCUCAAGAUCGCCAAGUCAGACCCCCCCACGCUGCUCACGCCUUCUAAGUGGUCUGCGGAGUUCCGAGACUUCCUGAAGACCGCCCUGGAUAAGAACCCCGAGACCCGGCCCAGCGCUGCACAGCUGCUGGAGCACCCCUUCGUCAGCAGCGUCACCAGCAACAAGGCGCUGAGGGAGCUGGUGGCCGAGGCCAAGGCUGAAGUGAUGGAGGAGAUUGAAGACGGCCGGGAUGAGGGGGAGGAGGAGGACUUGGUGGAUGGUGCCUCGCCUCUGGGGAACCACAGUCGGGACUCCUCUGAGGUGAGUCAGCUGAGCCUUGAAGCUGACAAGCUUCUCAUGGAAUCAUCUUUCACUGCGCUGCCACCCAGCCAGCCUCAGGACAGUGUGAAUGGGCCCAGCCAGCCCUCAGAGGGCAGAUCCCUCCAAACCACCAGACCCCCAGAUGUGUCCCCUGGCAAGGAGAACGGGGUAGCAGUGCCUGCGCCCCUCCGUAAGUCCCGGCCAGUGUCAAUGGAUGCCAGAAUUCAGGUAUCUGAAGAGAAGAAAGCCACCGACCAGGGUGGGGACCUCAGUCCAGCAGCCAGCAGAUCCCAGAAGGCAGGCCAGAGCCGUCCCAACAGCAGCGCCCUGGAGACCUUGGGCGGCGAGAAGCUGGCCAAUGGCAGCCUGGAGCUCCCUGCCCAGCCAGCUCUGGGCCCUUCCAAGGCGGACUCGGACUGUGGCAGCCUCUCCAACUCCGAGAGCACGGACUACGGCACCUCCCUCUCAGCCGAACUGUCCCUGAACAGAGGGUCGGGCUCUCUGUCCAUCAAGGACUCAAGGCUGCACAAUAAGACCCUCAAGAGGACACGCAAGUUUGUGGUGGACGGCGUGGAGGUGAGCAUCACCACCUCCAAGAUCAUCAGCGAAGAUGAGAAGAAGGACGAGGAGAUGAGAUUCCUCAGGCGCCAGGAACUCCGAGAGCUUCGGCUGCUCCAGAAGGAAGAGCAUCGGAACCAGACCCAGCUGAGCAGCAAGCAUGAGCUGCAGCUGGAACAGAUGCACAAACGUUUUGAACAAGAAAUCAAUGCCAAGAAGAAGUUCUUUGACACAGAGCUGGAGAACCUGGAGCGUCAACAAAAGCAGCAAGUGGAGAAGAUGGAGCAAGACCAUGCCGUGCGCCGCCGGGAGGAGGCCAAGCGGAUCCGCCUGGAGCAGGAGCGGGACUACGCCAAGUUCCAAGAGCAGCUCAAACUGAUGAAGAAGGAGGUGAAGAACGAGGUGGAGAAGCUCCCCAGGCAGCAGCGGAAAGAGAGCAUGAAGCAGAAGAUGGAGGAGCACACACAGAAGAAGCACCUUCUCGACCGGGACUUCCUAGCCAAGCAGAAGGAGGACCUGGAGCUGGCGAUGAAGAGGAUCACCGCGGACAACAGGCGGGAGAUCUGCGACAAGGAGCGCGAGUGCCUCUCUAAGAAGCAGGAGCUCCUUCGAGACCGGGAGGCGGCGCUGUGGGAGAUGGAGGAGCAUCAGCUGCAGGAGAGGCAUCAGCUGGUGAAGCAGCAGCUAAAAGACCAGUACUUCCUCCAGCGGCACGAGCUGGUGCGCAAACAUGAGAAGGAGCGCGAGCAGAUGCAGCGCUACAACCAGCGCAUGCUGGAGCAGCUGAAGGUGCGGCAGCAGCAGGAGAAGGCGCGGCUGCCCAAGAUUCAGAGGAGCGAGGGCAAGACGCGCAUGGCCAUGUACAAGAAGAGCCUCCACAUCAACGGGGCGGGCAGCGCCGCUGAGCAGCGUGAGAAGAUCAAGCAGUUUUCCCAGCAGGAGGAGAAGAGACAGAAGUCAGAGCGGCUGCAGCAGCAGCAGAAACACGAGAACCAGAUGCGGGACAUGGUGGCCCAGUGCGAGAGCAACAUGAGCGAGCUGCAGCAGCUGCAGAAUGAAAAGUGUCACCUCCUGGUAGAGCAUGAAACCCAGAAGCUGAAGGCCCUGGACGAAAGCCACAACCAGAACCUGAAGGACUGGCGGGACAAGCUCCGGCCACGCAAAAAGGCUCUGGAAGAAGAUCUGAACCAGAAGAAGCGAGAGCAGGAGAUGUUCUUCAAAAUGAAUGAGGAGACAGAGAGCCCGAACCCCACCACGCCAAACAAGGCCACCAAGUUCUUCUCCUACAGCUCUGCGGAUGCUCCUUAACAGCCGCCCAGGACUGUGGCUGACAGGCCGGCAGGCCUCUGGGGCCGUCCCGUUCUCUGUGAACAAGUAACUCAGGACCCCCUUCCCUCUUGCUUCCAUGUCAGCUCAAAUCCAGCCCCCGGCCUUGUGCCGCCCCAGCUGUGCCCGACAGAUACGCCCCAGUGUUCCUGACUUCUCGCUCACUCGUCGCAGGCGAGGUUUUAACGUGUGUUGCCUGAUCCUAAUGUAUAUUCUCUUUACGCCCUGGGUCCCUGCCAGCUGUCGGUGAUUUGGGCUGCCUGGUGGGGCCAUGGGCCAGGAGGAAUAGGUGCUCUGUGGCCUCAAGGCCCCUCCUGUUUGCCAAAACACCAGUUUUGCUGUCUGUGGACACAGAGCGCUACACCUGAAGUCACCACGGGCUCAUCCAUGGUGUAACUCUUGGUGGCUUUCAGACACUUCCUGCACUGUCAGACAAGAGUUACAGCUCCUCCCAGCUGCUCUGACUCCCAGUGGGGCCCGGUCUGCAGCCAGCUGGUCAGAGGGCCCCUCAUUCCUCUAGUCCCCCAGUUUGCUUUUCUCUUGAGACAUGCCUGCAACGGUGGGAAUGGGGAGAGCCCGAACUGUUCCUUCUGCUGAUCUCAGGUGUUUCAUGUCAUCUUUAUCGCUCCUUCCUGUGCACACACGCCUCCUACACACAGACACAGGCAGGCAGGCAGGCAGACAGACAGACACACACACACCUUGGCCCGCUGGCACUACCCAGGCUUGCCUCUGCCCUGGGCCUCUUAUGCCAGGUAGACUGAAACAUGUUCGCUGCCUGAGACCGUGCAUCUGAGCACAUUAGGUGGAGCUGUUGGUCUGGGGUGUGCUGCUAGCCUGUGACUCCUUUUGGCUCCCGUGUGGGAUCCUAUGUUCAGGGAUAAAUUUCUCACCCCCGGAAGACUUUCCCAACCUAGUCAUUCUGUCUUCCACUUGCCCAUCCUGUCUGCAGGUGAUACGGGAAGGCCGCUUCCCUCUGCCCUGUGUCCCUCCGAGUUCCCAAGUCCAGCUUUAUGCUUCAGACAGAGGCUGGCAGUCCCUGGGACUCCUAUUCAGGAAGAAAAGGCAACAGGGAGAAAUGUAGCGCUUCCAGCCCCCAGGCACCUGGCAGAAGCAAGGCUUCUUUAUCUCAGAUGGAACUGUGGGCCUGUGGGUGGCUCAGCUGGCCUCCCACAAAUUCCAGUCCUCACAGGUUGCACAGUGUAGAUUAUCCAGUUAAGCAAAUGCUCAAACCGGUAUUCGGUUUAUUUAUAAAGAAAACUUUUUUCAUCUUUAUCUCUAACUUGAUACAAAUAUAAAUGAAUGGCUUUUUUAGGAAUACCUGCUGUAAAAAAAACCCAGAAAACCGAAGGUGAUUUUGAAGAAUCAAAUGGCUGUAUUGAGCCUGGGUAGCAUUUUGCUGGUGAUAGGGUGACUGACACACCCCAGGUGGACUUUUCUUUCUUCACUCCUAUAGGUUAAGGCUUGGUGCUUUGUCUUUCUAAAGCAAUUCCCUGGAGUUUUCUGGGCACUGGCUAUAACUGGAUCUUUCGGAGGAAGGGUAGCAUUCAACAGAAAAAGGGACUUGGGGUCCCCGAGUCAUCUAUAUACAGUAAAGAUGCUCUGGGGGCUGUGGGACGGCGCUGGUCCUCAGGUUAAUGAGCACUCAGCUUACCUGCUUCAGUAUUUGAACCAGAUGGGGCAAUCUGAAAGGUCUCACAAAAAUGAGACAAGUCAAAUAAGUGUCCCCUUUGAUUCUCUGGUGCAUGGGUGCCAGGAAAACAUGAACUAACACAGACCCAGUCCCACCAGGCGAGGCCAGCACUGGCGGAGGGUCAGGCACUGACCAGUGGCAGAGCUGGUCUGGGCUUUUAUUUACAACACUGCCUUUUGCAGCCUGGGGUGUGAGAAUGACAGUUAGGUGGAAUGCCAGUUUCAUGGUUCAGGCCAAAGUCUUUGAUCAUUUCCUUCUUUGGCUUAUUAUUCACAAUGGAAUCUCAUUCAAGGACUUUCUGCUUCCUGCUCAGCGCUGCCCGAGCCCCCACAGCUCCCCUGUCCUUUCUGGAUGGGGUCUGGUUGGGUGUCCCAGCUUCCCGGUGGGGCCCGUGUGCAGUGACUGUCACUGAGAAGGCCCAUGCAGUAUUCCUCGUGCUCUGUGCUAAUGUUUUCUCUGGAAGGGACAGACAGAAGCGUUUCUCAUUUUCACUCAGUUUUUAGCAGAGUAAAUAUAACUAACUUAUAUUUUUCCCUUUAUGAAGAAUAGAAGUUAUUUUUAUGUAGUUUUUGAUCUUUAUACAAAACUUUUGUAAAAUGUUCUCUGCACAGUUAACUGCAAGAGUGUAAAUAUGCUUCUAAUAAAAUAACAGCGUGAGAAA